AAUAGUAGCGUUGAUAUCACCAGAACGCACCCAAUUGUAGCAUCGGAGUGAGGGGCUGACGACAUAUUGCUUAUCAAUUUUUUUCAGGGUGUUGUUUAAGUUAGGAAUGGGAAGUGCACCCAGUAAGCCACCACGUCGGAUACGAACAGCUCGUUCCUUCGUUUCGACGUCAUCAGUUAGCUCUCUGAACUCAUUGGAGACGGAAAUUGAUGACGAAGAAAUUCGAGUGCGUGACAUCACAUUCGAUGACGUCACGACUAAUUCAUUCCAAGUCACGUGGUCACCGCCUACUAACAUGCAAGGCAAAGAAGUGACGUACCAGCUUCGAAUUUUUCCGCCAGAAAAGAUAAAAUCCAAAACUAUGAUAAAAGGUCAUGCCAGUACGAGCUAUACAUUCACAAAACUAAAAGGUGGUACAAGUUACACUGUGGAUGUAGUUCCACAAGUUGAAGACGGUCAGCUUGGCUGUACAACCAACGCUCACGUUGCUACAAAACCCCACCCACCAAGGGAUUUAAAGUUUGGCAAAGUAGAAAGCAACUUGUUCGAACUACAGUGGAGUCACGCCAAGGGCAGACGAAGUAGUUACGCAUGCAGGCUGUCACCACCCGACGACGUGACGUCAGAUACUGACGUCACUGGAUUACGUAAAACGAGCCAUCUGUUUAAAGGUUUAGUUCCCGGGACGAAAUAUACUGUCACGGUGUCAACGGUAACUAACGGUGUACAUAGCGAAGCUGCGUCAAUUUCAAUGAUAACAGCACCACGUCACGUCUGUGACCUCACGUUUCAUGACGUCACUCACCACGAAAUGUCAAUCAAGUGGAAGAAACCGGAAGGUUUUGUGGAAAGCUACAGCCUGGAAUUGUCUGAAACCGAAAACAGAACAAAAAAUCCUGUCGUAAUAAACAAACUGACGAGAACUCACAACACAUUUAACGGCUUAACUGCUGGAAGAUUGUACGAAUGUAAAGUAACUUGUCAUGCCCAUGAUAUAUCCAGUAGGCCUCAACUGUUUACAGAAUGCACAGUCCCACUGGAAGUAGCUGGCAUUGUACCGUGUGACGUCAAAGCUGACGAGGUACAGAUCACGUGGGCUCCUUCCCCGGGUGACGUCGACGACUACGACUUGUAUCUUUCACCGAAAGAAGGGGUCGAGGGAAAUACCCAGCCAAGAGGGGUGAAAGGGAAUCGGUAUCAAUUCACUGGUUUGGUUCCUGGUACAACCUACACGGUAGGAAUCGUCACGAAUGCGAAAAAUAAAAGCAGCAAGAGAGCGAUUGCAAGCUUUGUUACAGAACCUGGCAUGUGCGGUGAUAUUGAAUACACAAUAAAAACUUGCACAAGUCAACACAUACAGUGGCCUCCUGCAGCUGGAAGGAUAGAUUCAUACACUCUUCGUGUCAGGCGAGAGGACAAGCAAGACGACGGGCGUAAUAUUGAAGAUCUUUAUAAACCUUAUUACGUCAUCGAUGAUCUUCAACCCGGAAGUCUCUACUGCAUCCAAGUGGUAGCAUUGAGAGAUAGCAGGGAAUCGUCAACUGUCAGUGGAACAUUUUCUACAAAACCAUCUACCGUCCCUUCCCUUUUCUUCCCGCGUGACGUAAGUACAUGGGAAUCCAUCACCUGCUCAUGGGAGCCGAGUUUGGGGGGCGUGGAAAACUAUCGACUUACAGCUAAGUGUAAAGGAAGUCCAGAAAAGCAAGCUAUCGUUUCAGCCGAUUCUGCAGAUUUUACCUUUACAAAGCUUCGGCCCUCUACAUCUUAUACCUUCUGUAUCUUCGCCAUAAGUAAUCAACUGGAAAGCGAAGUUACAACUAAUUCGUUCACAACAGGACCAAACUGCGUUGAAAAUCUACGAGUUGAAUCUGCAACCAAGCGUGAAAUUGACGUCAGGUGGUCUGCACCCGACGCAGGGGCGGAUGAAUAUAAAGUGACAAUCGAAUGUUUGGAAGAAUCCGAAAAUAAAACUCCGUUUUCGGAAGUGGUAACCAGCACAAGUCACGUGUUUGGUAGACUUGUACCAGGCUCUUUGUACAAAGUAGAAGUUACACCACGAGCAAGAAACGUUGGAGGGAAACCGACUACCAUUGAAGCUUAUACGAAACCCGGUGCAGUGUUGAAUGUCAAUAUUCCAAUUGAUGACGUCACACAACAGUCCUUCAACGUCAUGUGGUGGGGGGUGGAGGGCCACUGCAAUGACGUCACUAUUACUUUAAGUAAACUGAAGACGGAAGACGAUACUGAGAUUGCUGUUCCGGCCAUCAUCCAGGAGUACCAAGUCAAUGCGUGUGGGGACAAGUCAACUGAGCAGAAAUUUGAAAAUCUAGAUCCUGGAACUUUGUACGGUGUGAGGCUGCAUGCGUCUGGUAAAGCCGGAAUUGGCGAUGACGCAAUCGUGACGCAAUCUACGCUGGCGCCGCCAAAAAAGAUUGAUCGCUUCGUGGUGGAACCGGUGGUGGACGACCCUUUGUUGAAAAAUAUUGAAACAACAGAAGAACCGGAGAAACCAAUUGAGGUAACUGAAAAUAAGACACCGGAACUAGCAGAGGUUCCAGUAAUUGAAACAUCACCCGAGCCAGUAAUUGAACCACCACCAGCAGAACCAGUAGAGACACAAACACCAGCAGAGCCACUGGUUGAAACACCACCAGCAGAACCAGUAAUUGAAACACCACCAGCAGACCCAGUAGAGACACAGACACCAGCAGAGCCAGUGGUUGAGAUACCAGAAGAACCGAUUACAGAACCACCUAAUGAACCAGAGGCACCCUCUGACCCAAUAAUUGAGACACCAAUUGAACCAGUAAUUGAACCAGUGAUCGAACCACCUGAGAUCAUUAUUGAACCACCAGCUGAUGAACCAGUAGUUGAAGCCCCAGUGGAACCAGUAAUCGAAAAACGGAUUGAACCAAUAAUUGAACCAGAAGCACCACCAGUCGAACCAGUUACUGAACAACCAGUCUCUAAACCAGUUGAGCCAGAGGAAGCAGAAAAUACACCAAGCAGUCCAACUUUAAAUGAGCCAAUUGUUCCCACUAUAACCCAUACACCUCCGACCCCAACAACACCUCCUGCACAUAUCGACUUAUCUCUUCCAACUCCAACCCCAUCACCUAUACGACCUGUAGCUAUAUUUGGAAGCUCUAAUAAUGAAUUGAAAGGGGUGCAGUCAGAGAAAAAAGAAGAAGCGGAUUCAAAGCCUUUGUCGUUUCUUGCAACGCUAACGUCUUAGAAUGUGAUCAACUGAAUUGGACUACUCUUCAGUUGUACUGCUUUUUGCCAUAUAUUGCUGUAUUUUUUAAGUACAACUGCUCUUAAUGUAUAAAAGUUAACUGCAGAAGAAACUUAAGAGGUCGAUGAUCUUUAAUGUAGAAUUGCUUUCGCCUGCCGUUUUUUUGUAAAGCCGUUUAUUUAAACAUUUUUACAAAUCAAAAAAAUAAAUAGAAUGCAAAAGCCAA